AUGAAACAGGAAGUUGGUUUAACCAUUAUCGAUACUAUCAUUGGUUUUGAUUUAGAUGAUGGCUGGUAUUCAUUUUAUUGUCGUGAUUGUUAUAAAAAAGUUACUAAAAAUGAUGAUAUUGAUGCUGGCCCUUUUCACUGUGAUGAUUGUGGAUUUGUCUCGGAUGUAUUUGGAAAGAUUAGGAUAGUAGUUCGUGUGCAAGAUGAAAGUGGAUCUUCUUCGUUCGUAUUGUUUGAGCGUCAUGUAAAAGAUCUUAUUCGUCGUGGAAACCAAUGGUUGAUGGAAAAAAUAGCUAAGGAUCAAGGGCGACAACAGAUACGUGAUGAGUUCAAAAUCCUUCUAAAUAAGAAGGUUCUUGCUGAGGUUUUUAAAUGGUCACCAAAUCAUCAACAUCAUACUAUAAAUGAUAAUGACACUCCUAUUAACAAGCCAAAUAAGGAAAAUACUAAUUCUGUGCAUGAUGACAAUCUUGAUGUUGUUGAACUUGAAGUUGUAACACCAUCAUCCAGUACGGGGAAGCGCCUUAUUGAGAUUGAUGCGAACUCUGACUCUUUGGAGUGGUCUUCUUCAAAAACUCGUAUUGUACAUAUGUUACCAUCAUCUGUUUAUCCUGUUUCUGAUGAAGCAGUUACAAGUGGCGGUGUCGUUUACUUCUUAUUAUCUAAUGAAGCAGUUACAAGUGGCGGUGUCAUUUACUUCUUAUUAUCUAAUGAUACCAUAUUGCGAUUUGAUAUUUAUUCGGAAGAACAUAUACUCAUAUUUUCACCUUCUAUUAUUAAUGACUUCAGACCGUAUGCAUCGAGACUGAUCAAGUUUCACGGAAAAUUGGGAUAUUUCUCUGUAAGUGGAGAUCAUUUGUGGGCUAUUUGUGUUUUCAUUCAAAAUCGGUGGAUUAAAGUAGAUGUUAGUAACUACAAUGAAUGUGCACAUGAAUGGUGGGAUUAUAGAAACAGUACCCUAUAUUUCUUUAAUGGAAAUACAAUUGAGUACGUGGUUCUGGCACAUCCUUCUCAACAAGUUUUUUCAAUCCGUUCUGAUAUUCAUAAACUGACUAUUCCAAGUAGAUAUUAG